GUGGUGGAGCUCGCCCAAUACUUCGACGACCUCACGUCGCAGCACGAGAAGUCGCAGGUGCCUGCGCCUCGCCAGUGGGCGGAUCAUGACUUCCCGCCCGUCGGCCAGAAGCCCGAGGACGAGAUGGAGGUGUCAGAGGCUGUGGCACCCAGCGGCGCUGCGCCGCCAGCACCGCCUACUGCCGUGCAAGUGCCGUGCCCCACCGACGAGGAGCUCGACGGUGCGACCCCGAUGGACCAGACACAGUCCUUGGCCGUCGCCAACGGCGUGGCCGAGAUCCAGGGCGCGCAGGGCCCCGAGGCCAAGAAGGCGCGGGCUGCGGCGAUGGCCGCGGAGGCAGCCGCUGGAGCCACGGGGGCCACGGACACCAAACUUGCUGGAGUGGUCAUCGAAGCGCCAGGGGUCCCAACGUUCGGUUUGGUGAGCGCUUAUUUUCAGGCCUCUGCGGGCCUCAAUGAGACCAAUCUGAACCUGCUGGCCACUCUUGGCCAGACGCAAGAUCUUGUAGGCAGGCCCCUCCUGGUUGCUGGCGAUUUCAACUUGCAGCCCGAGAGGCUUCAGAAGGGCACGGAUUUCCUCACCCGUGCCACGAUGGCGGUGGCGGCGCCGAAAGCGGCCACCUAUUAUACUAAGAAGACGAA